UGCUCUGCGAAAUAUCUGUCCACGCUCCCGCUCCCACGGCCUUUUUCGUUCUUUGAUUCUCAACUUACCUUUCUUGCCAAUUUGUUGGUCACAGAGCUCGACUUACGAAGUGGUAGCUGGUCGGACUAAUAAUCGGAAGCGAGGGGGUUUCCUUGAAAACCAAAAAAUGGCGUUUAGAGAUCUAGCUCGAACUGGAGCUUCUCUUGUGAAUCGCAUAGUUACCAAUUCGCUCAAUGCGUCCAAGCAGGGCAGCUCUUAUCUCCUACCGCAGAUAUAUCUGAAUUCUCCGAUUACUUUGUUCUUGACCGAGCCCCAAACCAAAAAGAUUUCUCAGAUGGAAGGAUGCAGAAACUCUGAGGCAUUAAAAGUGGUUGCUUCUACUGAAGGGUUUAUUUUCCCAUGUGGUCUUCCCUUUCUCCGCUCCUUCACAGAGGAUGACCAGGAUGCUUUCCAGAAUGAACCAAUGAACCUACUUCCUAAAAGAACUUACCAGCCCAGCACCAUCAAGCGUAAGAGGACUCAUGGUUACCUUGCAAGGAAAUCUACCAAAGGUGGGCGAAAGGUCAUCGCCCGAAGGUUGGCAAAAGGUAGAGCAAGGAUUGCAGUGUGACACUCUUUUGAUCAGGUUAAGGAUUUAUUGCGGCUAUUUGAUCAUGCGUUGUAAUUCUGUUUUUGGAGUUGUGACAAAUCAUAACCCUUAGUGCAAUUUGCAUUAGUAGGUAAGUGUGCGCUAAACAUUAGUCUUUUUCCUAUAAAGAAAUUAUUUUGCGAUCACAUGAUCUUUGUUGAUCGAACAAUUUUCCAAACCAUUCGGUGUAUUGAUUAUA